AUGUCAUUCAUGAAACAGCAGGCCAUUCGAGACCUUAACUUUAUCUCCAGAAUUGACUCAACCCUGGCCUCCAAACGCAGGGCCCUUAUUCAGUGGCACCAUGAACAGGCCAUUGCAACCAACAAGGCUUCCAACUGUCCCCAACAAACAUGGUACAAGGGAACAUACCCAAACAAUAAAAUAGAAUUAGACAACGACAAGUUACUCCUUCAAAAAGCUAUGGAAGGCCCAAGACACAUCAUGUUUGGCACCAUCCAACUCAAAACAGGACAUGACAAAUUUGUCAAAUAUUUUGUGGAACACACCAAGAACUAA